CGCAGGUGCUGGAGGCCGCGCCAGCCCGGGACCUGCCGACUUGGGCCUGCCAUGGAGCACAUCCGCACGCCCAAGGUUGAAAACGUCCGCUUGGUAGAUCGAAUAUCUUCUAAAAAAGCAGCCCUCGGUACUUUGUAUUUGACUGCCACUCACGUCAUAUUUGUGGAAACCGCACCUGACGCAAGGAAAGAAACAUGGAUUCUCCACAGUCAGAUCGCCACCAUCGAGAAACAGGCAACGACAGCUACCGGGUGCCCUCUACUGAUUCGCUGCAAGAACUUUCAGCUCUUACAGCUCGUCAUCCCGCAGGAAAGGGACUGCCACGACGUGUACAUCUCUCUCAUCCGCCUCGCGAGGCCAGUGAAAUACGAGGAGCUAUACUGCUUUUCAUUCAACCCCAAGCUGGAUAGAGAAGAAAGGGAGCAAGGCUGGAUGCUGAUCGAUCUCAGCGAGGAGUACAAGCGAAUGGGCCUCCCUAAUAAUUAUUGGCAGCUCAGCGACAUGAAUAGAGAGUAUAGGGUCUGUGACUCCUACCCCACUGAACUGUACGUUCCCAAGUCGGCCACGGCACACAUCAUAGUGGGGAGUUCCAAGUUCCGGAGCAGACGGCGAUUUCCUGCCCUUUCUUACUACUAUAAAGAUAACCACGCCUCCAUCUGCCGGAGCAGCCAGCCUCUGUCCGGCUUCAGCGCCCGCUGCCUGGAGGAUGAGCAGAUGCUGCAGGCCAUCAGGAAGGCCAACCCGGGAAGCGACUUCAUUUACGUCGUGGACACUCGGCCCAAGCUUAAUGCGAUGGCAAAUCGUGCUGCAGGGAAAGGCUAUGAGAACGAAGACAAUUAUUCCAAUAUCAAGUUUCAGUUUAUCGGGAUAGAGAACAUCCAUGUCAUGAGGAGCAGUCUGCAGAAAAUGCUGGAAGUGUGUGAACUUAAAUCUCCCUCCAUGAGUGAUUUUCUGUGGGGACUGGAGAACUCUGGCUGGUUGAGGCACAUUAAGGCCAUCAUGGAUGCAGGAGUCUUCAUCGCAAAGGCAGUUUCAGAGGAAGGGGCCAGCGUGCUUGUUCACUGUUCUGAUGGCUGGGACAGGACUGCUCAGGUGUGCUCGGUGGCCAGCCUCCUCCUGGACCCUCACUACCGGACUCUGAAGGGCUUCAUGGUAUUAAUUGAAAAGGACUGGAUUUCCUUUGGUCAUAAGUUUACUCACAGAUACGGCAACCUAGAUGGUGAUCCCAGAGAAAUCUCUCCAGUUAUUGACCAGUUCCUUGAGUGCGUCUGGCAGUUAAUGGAACAGUUUCCCUGUGCCUUUGAGUUCAAUGAGAGGUUUUUGAUUCACAUUCAACAUCACAUCUAUUCCUGCCAGUUUGGGAACUUCCUAUGUAAUAGCCAGAAAGAGAGACAAGAACUCAAAAUUCAAGAAAGAACAUAUUCUUUAUGGGCUUACCUGUGGAAAAAUCGGGCUGACUACUUGAAUCCCCUGUUUAGAGCUGAUCACAGUCAGACUUGGGGAAUCCUUCAUCUCCCCACGGCGCCGUGCAACUUUAUGUACAAGUUUUGGAAUGGAAUGUAUAAUCGCUUUGAGAAGGGACUGCAGCCUCGACAGUCAGUCACAGAUUACCUCAUGGCCGUGAAGGAGGAAACUCAGCAGCUGGAGGAAGAACUUGAGGCCCUGGAAGAAAGGCUGGAAAAAAUUCAGAAAGUGCAGUUAGAUCGCACCGAGCUGAGGAGUAAGCAGAAUGAGCCCAGCAAGCACUCAGGGUUUUCUACCGCAGACGGCAGCACGGCCAACACGCCUCAGGAUUACAGCGGCAAUGUGAAGUCCUUCCCAUCCAGGAGCCCCUCCCAGGGCGAUGAGGACUCCGCUCUGAUCCUAACCCAAGACAACCUGAAAAGUUCAGACCCAGACCUGUCCGCCAACAGUGACCAAGAGUCGGGGGUGGAGGAUCUGAGCUGCCGCUCCCCUAGUGGUGGGGAGUGUGCGCCGAGCGAGGACAGUGGCAAGGACCGGGAUUCCGACGAAGCCGUGUUUCUCACCGCCUGAGGAUCCCCCGCCAUGGAGUUCCCAAGUAAAGGACACACAAGGAACACUUUCCAAAAAUAAGGGAACAGUGCAAUCUCAAAUAAAAACAGCCCAAGAAAUGGUACGGGUCCUCGAGAAUUAUAAAAUGUAGCGAUGAAAAGGAAUAAAGUCCAACUUUUAGUUCCUUUAGGUGUUGAUGAACAGGAAACAGCCAUUUCUUUUAUCAAGCAAAUAUAAGGAAAAUUGUUCCCCAUUCUAGACUAUGGAGGUUUUACUACAGAGCAAUGACCUCUGCCAUCACCAGAGGUUAUCAGUUCACAUCUUCCUUGCCUGCAGCUGCUCAAAGUGCCCUGACCACGUUCCUUCACACUUAUCAUCUUCAAUCUUUCAUUUCAUUUCCAGAUGAGUAUUUUGUUUCCUCAAAUAUUUGACACUUCCUUCCUUCUUGACUCUGUUAUCAGGAUUUUGGUUAAUAGACACAUUUCUGUAACAGAUGAGCUUUGUAAUUCUGCUUAAGCUUAGUGUUCAGAUUUAAUGAUCACUUUUAACUUUUCCUUAGAGAUAAUGUAUUUUGAAUUGUUAAAAUAGUUUUGUUGCCUUUCCCUGGAAUUUCAUAUUUCUCCUAUUUAAAAAAUGCUAAAACUUACCAGACACUUCUCUAAUACUAGUCUAAUACCCAAUAAAGUAGAAACAACAUCUAUGCUCUAGUUCUAAAUAUGAUUUUGGAUCACAUUAGCUUCUUAAAAACAACCUUUUAUUACUGGUUCCAGAGACUAUAUUACCAAGACAAGGGGGUCAGCCCCAAGCCUGAUCCCAGAAGUAUAACUGUAUAGAGGUACGGGGUACCACUUCAAUGAAGGAAGCAGCUCACAGAAGAACUAGACAACACUGCUGUCAAGUCUCCUUAACCAGUGGAGUAUGUUUUGUCAUUUGUCACUUCAUAAGCUGUGUUAACAUGGUUAAGUCAACACUGUACCUGUGGAGCCCAUGCAGUAGUCUCAACCAUCGGCUCUGUUCAUCUGCAGGGUUGCGUCGGCGGUGGAGUCUGAGCAGGGAGUCUGACAGGGAGCAGCGCUGCCUCACUGGGCCUCCCACCAGGGAGCUUUGCUGACUCUGGAAUCUGGUCUGUCCCCACCCAGGCACAAGAGCUAAGCCUCGGCCUUUCCUGCUGCAGAUUGUGGCUUCUGACCCCUCCUGACCAGAUAGCCCAUUGAGGAGAACUUGGGAGGUGCCUGAAACGGGCCUUCGCAGUCCGUCCCAGGUGGGAGCCAGAGCCCCACUCACUGGGAAGCAUGGCCCCCAGCCCCAUCAGACAGGAAGGCCUGGCGAGAACACCCAGAAGCUGUGCACCGCAGCAGAUCCUGAGUGGAGGACUGGGUGGGCAGAGCUGACUGUCCUGACAGCAAAGCCAGCGGCUCUAACUGGCCAGGGAACUUGGGGUGUGGGUCAAUGUGAGACCACAGACAUAGCAUUAGUGAUUUUCAAGCGGCUGCUCCUGCUGUACUUGGGCAGGGAAACCAAUCUAUAGCUGCACUUGGUGCUGCAAACAGCCAUCAGCCUCUGCCCCUGACCAGCGAGCUCUCCCAGAACACGUGGGAAGUCGCACAACCCAUCCGACAGCCCCGCUGACAGCGGCAGCUGAAGAGAGCACAGCCCAUGGCCAAACCUGUCUGCAGAGUGAAACUGGUCGCCAGCCCCUUCCGCGGACGUUCCUGCCUGACUCAGGUCCCCAGACAACGAGCUGUGCAGGCCCUGCAUCCCAUCCUGCUGCCCCACUUAAUGCUGAUUACAGCAUCCAGUCCCAACUGGGACUGGACCCACCAGUCCACAGAAUCCACCGCAGAAUCCAUCCUACAGCCUCACCUGAGUGGGUGGGAACCAAGCCAGCUGUCCUACCCAGCUGUAUCAGCCAGUGACCCUCCACUCCGCUUCAGGGCUCAAAGAGAUGCCUCACCCAAAAAGAGACCACCUAGAUACAUAAAGCAAAAUCCAGCAGAGCUAAAAGGAGAAAUAAUGCGGACUUUAACACUCCAUUCUAUAGACAAUGGACA